CAGGCUCCUCUGGCGGGCUCCGCUGUGAUCCAGCCUUUCGGUGCUCGACUCGCCCGUGCUGCUGCCGCCGCUGAAGGAGGGGCAAAGCUCAAGAUGGCGGACAAAACGCCAGGCGGCUCUCAGAAGGCCAGUUCAAAGACCAGAUCAUCAGAUGUUCAUUCAUCUGGAUCUUCAGAUGCCCAUAUGGAUGCAUCUGGACCCUCAGAUAGUGAUAUGCCAAGUCGGACUCGACCUAAGAGCCCAAGAAAACAUAAUUAUAGGAAUGAGAGUGCCCGUGAAAGUGUUUCUGAUUCUCCUCAUCAGAAUCUUUCAAGGCCUCUUCUAGAAAACAAACUUAAAGCUUUCAGUAUUGGAAAAAUGAGUACAGCUAAGCGAACUUUGAGUAAGAAGGAGCAAGAAGAAUUAAAGAAGAAGGAGGAUGAAAAGGCAGCUGCUGAGAUUUAUGAGGAAUUUCUUGCUGCUUUUGAAGGAAGUGAUGGUAAUAAAGUGAAAACGUUUGUGCGCGGAGGUGUUGUUAAUGCAGCAAAAGAAGAACAUGAAACAGAUGAAAAAAGAGGUAAAAUCUAUAAGCCAUCUUCAAGAUUUGCGGAUCAAAAAAAUCCCCCAAAUCAGUCAUCCAACGAAAGACCACCAUCUCUUCUUGUGAUAGAAACCAAAAAACCUCCACUGAAGAAAGGGGAGAAAGAAAAGAAAAAAAGCAAUUUGGAACUCUUCAAAGAAGAAUUGAAACAAAUUCAAGAAGAGCGUGAUGAGAGACAUAAAACAAAAGGCAGGUUAAGUCGGUUUGAACCUCCACAGUCAGAUUCUGAUGGUCAGCGUCGUUCUAUGGACGCGCCUUCCAGAAGAAAUCGAUCAUCUGGUGUUCUUGAUGAUUAUGCACCUGGCUCACAUGAUGUAGGCGAUCCAAGCACUACUAAUUUAUACCUUGGAAACAUUAAUCCACAGAUGAAUGAAGAAAUGUUGUGCCAAGAAUUUGGAAGAUUUGGACCAUUAGCCAGUGUGAAAAUUAUGUGGCCUAGAACUGAUGAAGAAAGGGCAAGAGAGAGAAAUUGUGGCUUUGUGGCCUUUAUGAACAGAAGAGAUGCUGAAAGAGCUUUAAAAAAUUUAAAUGGAAAGAUGAUUAUGUCUUUUGAAAUGAAGUUAGGUUGGGGUAAAGCUGUGCCUAUUCCUCCACAUCCAAUAUACAUUCCGCCUUCCAUGAUGGAACAUACGCUUCCCCCACCUCCAUCAGGACUGCCUUUUAAUGCGCAGCCUAGAGAGCGGUUAAAAAACCCCAAUGCUCCCAUGUUACCACCACCUAAAAACAAGGAGGAUUUUGAGAAGACUCUGUCGCAAGCCAUAGUCAAAGUGGUUAUCCCAACAGAAAGGAAUUUGCUCGCCCUGAUACAUCGAAUGAUAGAGUUUGUUGUACGUGAAGGGCCAAUGUUUGAAGCUAUGAUUAUGAACAGAGAGAUCAACAAUCCUAUGUUCAGAUUCUUGUUUGAAAACCAGACACCAGCCCAUGUUUACUAUAGGUGGAAGCUUUAUUCUAUUCUCCAGGGAGAUUCACCAACUAAGUGGAGGACGGAAGAUUUUCGUAUGUUCAAAAAUGGAUCUUUUUGGAGGCCACCACCAUUAAAUCCAUAUCUGCAUGGAAUGUCAGAAGAGCAGGAAACAGAAGCUUUUGUAGAGGAGCCAAGUAAAAAGGGAGCACUUAAGGAAGAACAGAGAGACAAAUUAGAAGAAAUUCUGCGGGGGCUAACUCCAAGGAAAAAUGAUAUUGGAGAUGCAAUGGUUUUCUGUCUUAAUAAUGCUGAAGCUGCUGAAGAAAUAGUGGAUUGCAUUACUGAGUCCUUGUCCAUCUUAAAGACACCCCUUCCCAAAAAGAUUGCCAGAUUAUAUUUGGUUUCUGAUGUUUUAUACAACUCUUCAGCCAAAGUUGCCAAUGCUUCCUAUUAUAGAAAAUUUUUUGAAACAAAGUUGUGUCAGAUAUUUUCAGACCUCAAUGCUACCUAUCGUACAAUUCAAGGCCAUUUACAGUCUGAAAACUUUAAGCAACGGGUAAUGACCUGCUUUAGAGCAUGGGAAGAUUGGGCAAUUUAUCCAGAACCAUUUUUGAUCAAACUACAAAAUAUUUUCUUAGGACUUGUAAAUAUUAUUGAAGAAAAGGAAGCAGAGGAUGUACCAGAUGACCUUGAUGGUGCCCCCAUUGAGGAAGAGCUGGAUGGUGCCCCUCUAGAAGAUGUGGAUGGAAUUCCUAUUGAUGCUACUCCUAUUGAUGACCUUGAUGGAGUCCCUAUAAAGAGCCUUGAUGAUGAUCUUGAUGGAGUGCCUUUGGAUGCAACUGAAGAUUCAAAGAAGAAUGAGCCUAUAUUUAAAGUUGCCCCGUCAAAAUGGGAAGCUGUAGAUGAAUCUGAAUUGGAAGCACAGGCUGUAACAACUUCUAAAUGGGAGUUAUUUGACCAGCAUGAAGAAUCAGAAGAAGAAGAAAAUCAAAAUCAAGAAGAAGAAAGUGAAGAUGAAGAAGAUACUCAGAGUUCCAAAUCUGAAGAACAUCAUUUGUACUCUAAUCCAAUCAAAGAGGAAAUGACUGAGUCCAAGUUCUCUAAGUACUCUGAAAUGAGUGAGGAGAAACGAGCUAAACUCCGUGAAAUCGAGCUCAAAGUUAUGAAGUUUCAAGAUGAAUUGGAAUCUGGAAAAAGACCUAAAAAAGCAGGCCAGAGCUUUCAGGAACAAGUAGAACACUACAGAGAUAAACUUCUUCAGCGAGAGAAAGAGAAGGAAUUAGAGAGAGAGCGAGAAAGAGAUAAGAAGGAUAAAGAAAAACUGGAAUCUCGAUCCAAAGACAAGAAGGAGAAAGAUGAAUGUACUCCAACAAGGAAAGAAAGGAAAAGGCGACACAGUACGUCCCCUAGCCCAUCUCGCAGUAGCAGUGGUAGACGAGUGAAAUCCCCAUCACCAAAAUCGGAGCGAUCAGAGCGUUCAGAAAGAUCUCAUAAAGAGAGCUCACGGUCCAGGUCAUCUCACAAAGAUUCUCCUAGAGAUGUUAGCAAAAAGGCCAAAAGAUCUCCAUCUGGUUCAAGGACACCUAAAAGAUCUAGGCGAUCACGGUCUAGAUCCCCUAAAAAAUCAGGGAAGAAAUCCAGAUCCCAGUCCCGAUCUCCACACAGGUCUCAUAAAAAGUCAAAGAAAAACAAACACUGACAUAAAUUUUUAAGAUGCUGUCACUUAUUGGAAAUGCGAUUUUGUUUUGUGCCUGAACGGUCUGUUUUUUUAAAAAAACAAAAAACAAAAAAUCUAAUGAAAGAGCAUUCCUGGGGUUUUUAUUUGUUUGUGAAUGCAUGUGUAAACUCAUAAGUAACUGCAUCUGUAGACCUGUUGUUGUUUUAUAUUGUAUAAAUUACUUUUGUUGUGGCUGUUUCUCAAGAUGAAAUUUUUAUUGUGCUAAUGAAUUUCAUCAGAAAUGUGUAUAAUGGAUCUGCUGGCAGUAGUAGUAUUUUGUUUAGGAUGUUGUGACGUAGAAAAAAUAAUACAGAUGUCUUCCCCCCUUUUGUAGCUUUGACAAUUUGAAUUAGAUUUCAAAUAAAAUCUGAACAGAAAACUUUAAUGUUGUUUUUUUGCCCUAUUGAUGACAUCAAGUCCCUUAAAAUCCUGCUAAGUGAGUUUAGCACCUCUGUUGUGUUUCUUACACCUAAUGCACUUUACAAGCUUCAUUGUUCAAGUAGCUAAAGUUUUGUAUUUACUAAGAUGACUGUCAAAAUUUAGGGGCCCAAGACUCAUAUUUGGUAGGCUUGCCAACCAAUUUCUUGGGUAAUGUUCCCUUGGGUAAUACUAGUACCCAGUGAUCAAAAGACUAGGCAGAUAUGCGUGGUCUUUUGUUAAUGGUAUGCCUGGCUAAAAUCUCUUUUUUUUCCAAAGAAGCAAUAUGAUUUCAAUACACUUAACCCAUCUCCUGAGCAACUACUUAUUUUCAGGGAAAUAUUAAAUUUCCAUCUUUUGAUUUAGUUUUCUAUCAUUAGAAAAAUUUAUUUAAAAGAAUUUAACAGUAAUUGGCCAUAGAAUUUUUUUUUAUGAAGGUUGCCCUUUUAUAGCCCUCUGUAGGCUCUCUUUCAAACACUGGUAUCAGAAUAUUUCUACAAGGUUCUGUUUAAAGCACCUUCAUUGGUUUUUUUGUUUUUAAAGGAUUUAGUUUUAGGUUUAGCUUUUAAGUAGAAUUUUAAAAUGAUAGAAAUUUUUAUGAAACAUAACACCCAAUGGUUUGUAAAUUAAAGAUGCAAAAGUUGAUUUAAACCAUUCUCAGGGUUGAAAUCUGUUGUAUAGUGGGAAUAAAUUGCAGUGUGAGGAAGACAUAAGAAAACUGAACGUAAUAUCGCUACAAUGUAAUAAAGGGUUAUGUAGACUUGAACUGAUGCUACUGUUUGUGAACCUUGCUUUUAGUUUUUCAUUUAGACACUUUUUACAGUGACUUGAUGUUUUUUUCCCUUCUUAAUAGAGUAACGGUUCUAAUAGCAGAUUGUUCUGAGUUAGCUUGUUUUUUAAAAGUAUCUUUUCAAGUUGUUGUAUUUGGUCUUGCCUAGUCACAGAAUUAAAAACCUGUACUCAUGAUUUGAGGAGUAGGAAUAUUAUCUGAGCAGUGAGGCAUGUUAUUUCCAAACUGGGCAAACCUACAAAAGCUGUAGAAAUGUGCCAAAAUUAUUUUACUUAGUGGUUCUUAACAACAUGCACUAUUGCUUGAAAGUUAUUUCCUUAUCAUUCACUCUUGUUUGUCCAUAUUGGUAAGCAUUUAGUUAAUUACUAAAUUGCUUAGAAUAAUUAAACAUGAACAUUUGGUGCUGGUUUCUAAAAACCUACAGAUAUAGCCAUUUUUAAAGAAUGUGUUUUUCUCCCUUGUUCACUGCCUGGGAGAAUGGAAUUUUAUAUAAUUUCCUUUGCAGAAAUAACGAUAAGGUUGAGUUGCUGGUGAUUGUGGGCAUUCCAUCAUCAUUGGUAUCUAGUAUAGGCUUAGAAAUGAUUAGUCAGGAAGUGAUUUUGCCAGUCAAAUUGCAAGUUAUGCUUAUUUUUCUGUCUCUUAAAGUAGCCUGGAGAAGCAGGAGUGAGUAGACAUUGUUAGGUCAGUUUUGAGUGCUUAUUUGUAGUAUUUUUUUCUACUGCAGUAGAAUGUAGCAAUUCUUUUAAUCUGCAUCUAGAUAUCUAAUGAACAUCAUUUAUGCAGUGGAUAAGACUGACUUCCUUUUGGGUGAUGGAUGGGGAUUCUGUAGGCUUGAUAGAAUAUGUAUUCUGUGAAGCUUGCUAGUGUUCGUAUUAGAUUGUACUGGAUUUUUUUUUUUCCUGGAAUUGCAAGUGGUAUUGUUAGAUAAUUUCCAGCUUUACCUAAUGAGAAAAUAUCCAGAGUAAGUGUGUUUCUCUAUGGAUUCAGUGAAACUUAAUGGUCAGUAAUUGGUGAAUGGGAGUGGGGGGGAUAUUCUACCAUAUUUUUAUAAGAGCAUAGUAGUCAUUGUUUCUUGUCUAAAGAACACUUAAUUAGAUAACACAGUUUCUGCAGGUUCAUGAAAGUGUUUGUAGGCAUGACUGUUCAGUUAUAGGAAAUAUCCUGUUCCAGUUCUGUCCUCCCCAAAAGCUACAUGUAGGAGGAAAUCCUCUGUUAUCUAUACUUUAUAAAGGGCGUGGCUUAAACUCUUCCCCUCCAGCAUAAACAGGUAUUCCUUACUAGGUUAAUACCGUUUAAUCUCUCUCUUUAACAGGUGAGAGAAAGUAAAAAAAUGGUCAUUUAUUUCUUAUCAAAGGUGGCCUAUGGUUGAAAAGAAUCAUGUCUGUGAAUCUUUUCUUUGAUUUCGUAUUUUCUUAUUACUGUUAGUAGGUGUAUAGGCACUUCUGAACUGUGACAUGUUGAGAAGUUAGAGAUGAAAGAACUAAAACAAAAAGCCCUGACCCAAAGGAAUGCUUCCAUUUGGCUCAAAGUGUUCUUGCCAUUUCUGCUAAAGUGUGCAGAAAUUACUGUACACUGACCUAAUUUUUCUUUAUUACAGACCAUUCCUAUGGGCUUACCAUGAGACUCUCAUCCCAAUUAAAGAAUCUAAGAGGGAGGAAAUGCUUAUGACUUUCGCAUUUUUCCCCCAAACUUUAAUAUUCUUGAGUACUUGAAUAUAUUUUUAACAGUUAUAAUCAUGAUCUAAUACAGGUUAUUAGAAAUAUUCUGUACAUAUUUGUCUCCAUUGUGUUCAUAAGUUCUGAAAAAUUAUAUGACCAUGGUAAUAGUUUAUGAUUAUUAAAAAUAAAAUAAGUCUGUAUUGUCAAAGUGACUUAACCCAUUUUGAUUAUCACAAUAGUGUGAUUUCUUUAGCAGAGAAAGUUGUUUUUUAAAAUAAAUAGUACCACUUUUUUUCUAAGAAAAUAAGAGCUUUUUUUAUUUGUUGUUUUCCUCUUCUAUUAUAUAUUAAUGGAAAAGCUACAGAAAAUUCAGUGCAGGUACUAAUGAAGACACUAAUAUAAGUUUAAAGGAACAUGACUGUAAAAACUCACAGAAUGCUUGGUUUGUUCAUAUUUCACAGGCAUGUUUUAGAAUAGAUUUUAGAUGAUAUUUCGUUCAUUUUCCUUUCGGCAUUUUUCUUUGUUAUCAACUUCCCAGGACUUAGAUAAGACACAAAUACAAAUCCCAGGGGAAGUGUUGUGAUGCUGGACUAAAAGGUGGGAAUGCGCUGCUGACCAGAGUGAGCCAUGUUCCAGUGUUGAAAAUUCUAUGCCUCAAGUGUUCAUUCAGUACCACCUCAUGGAGCGUCAGUGUACACGGAUUAUGUGUGUAAUUGGUUAUUUAUAUAGUUUUGUAGAUCUGUAGAUAAAAAGCCCUCAUUCAUUUUUAUAUGUAAUUGUGCUUGGAGUAUGUGUUUUAUUCUUUUGACUUCAGCAGGCUCUUAUACGUUGUAUCUUUGGUAAUUUGAAAUAUCAGGAAAGACAACUUUUCAGAAAUGAGAAUAAUAUAGUUGAAAUCAGCUCAGCUGAAAUACUCUACGGCAAGACUAAAUUUCUUUUGGGUGAACUGAUUCCAUCAUUUUAGUUACUCUUGAUGUAAGGAUUCAGUUUAUUGUGGAGCUGCUUUCCAGACUGUCACUUUAUAGUUUUUCUACAUAAAGAUUAUAUAGUUGCAAACAAAGGUUGUGGAAUUUCCCUUUUGUUGUUGUUUUUUGACUUUUAAUUACUUUAAUAAAAUACAUUGUUUUCAUAGCAAACUUUAGACUGUUGAUGUAAUU